AUGGCCAACCCGUGCCGGAUUGGCCUCCUGAGCUUCAUCUUAGUGGCAGCCGCGGAUGACGAGGUUGUCCUCCAGGCGCCGUGGUAUUUCGACUGCUCCAACCAUCCGGAAUGGAGCAGAUUCCGGGAGCGCUUUGCCGCAUUCCGCAAGCUGUUCGCAUCAGCGAAUGACAAUCAGGAAAUAAUCCGGCACAUGCAGGAGAUUCUCGCGGAAGCCAACGACUUGGGGCGGCGCUACGAGCCCACCUUUGUGAAGUAUGCCAGCGACUGGUCUGUGUUCCACCUUUGCAGUCCAGAACGCCUUGGAGAAGUCCCCGAGGACCUGCAGCAGAAUUUCUGCUUCUACGGUUUCGCCACAGUGCAGUGGCUGGGGGUGUUUGGCAACCAGCACUUCGCCAACGUGCCGGGCAUGGCAGAAUGGGCGAACAACGCCUGGGGCUUUUUGAAUGAUGCAUCAAAGUUCAAUGCCAUGCACUUCCUUGAAAGCUCCGGGUGGCACGUGAAAAUGGUGGAAAUGGCCAAAGCUCUCAGCACGAAGUUUGUUGGGAGCAGCGGGUACAGGGUUUCCCGCGACGCAGCACUGCCUUCAGCGCUGCGGAUACCCCAGUUGGUGGUUCGCAGGAGCAGUGGCAAUCUCGCAUCGUGGCUAUGCAAUUACCUGAUUUGCGAAGACUUGGUGCCAGAGCAGCCUGAUCUCGAGACGUUGAUUUCUGGCUCCCUCGUCGAGAAGUGCUCCUUGAACAGUGCUUCCACAAGGUACCACACGGCGCUGCUGCGGGCUUCGGGUGUGAGGGACUUGAGAGCGUUGCCCCUUGGAGCUGCUAGUUGGCCAGUCUCCUUCGUUGAUCUGGUCGUUUGCAGACUGCCGAUGAUCUACAGCAGGCAGCACAUGUUGAGUCACCUCUUCGAAGUGGAGGCUAUCUUGCACAUUUUGGAUGCAACCGCGAAAACUCCGGAGGAUGUGGCUCGCUUGCACAACCACUGCCGCUUCAUAGGCGGAGGGUGGUGCGGCUCGGAUGAGCGCCUCCUUCAACUGAAUGAACUCUUUGAGGAAGUUGUUUUGGACUGCCACACGGGCGACCACAAGGCACGACAUCAUUUCCUCAGAUCCGCGCAAGAGUAUCAUGACCGGUUCGUGCGGCUCAUGGGCAACGAUCCCGAGCUGCGGUCUGCUGAUUUCUUCAUGUGUGGGGAGCCUGUCCUUUUCUGCCGGCUGUUGGCGCACUUCGGCCGACCUGUGAUUGGUUAUAUUUCCACUCCCAUCUCCGUGUACGUUCGGGCCGAAGACCGGUCUGAGUGGUACCAACAGUUUUACGAGAUGGCUCUAGAUGAACGGCACAUCUUUGCUGCCACCACGCCACUUUUUGCGGAAUGGGUCGCGUAUGGCACCGGCAUAUCAUUGCCGGUCAUCCGACCUAUAUGUACAUACACAGAGGCGACUUAUUGGCCAAAGCGGGCGCAGGAGGUGCUGCUUCUGCGAACCGUCAGCUUGUUCUGGGACACGGAGUGUGUCCUCAACUACUUCGCACAAGUCUAUGCAGACUCUUCGGCAACUGCUGCGCUGAGAUUCCGAGAGUCUGCCAGUCUCUCUGAGAAAGAGCGGAUGGGUUAUUCUACUUUCUCGGAGUUCUUGGCUGCCGUGAUCUAUCCGUACAGUCCAAGUCAGUUCUGGUUCUACGAGCUCUAUGCCAUGGGUGUGCCGAUCUACAUGCCCUCGCGAGACUCGCUGCCCUUGUAUGUGAGUCAGGACUACUCCGUCUGUCCAGACUUCGAGGGUAGCCGGCCUGGGCAUGCGCCACAUCGCGUGCAUCCCCAUUCGCCCUUCGACACCGACGAUUGGGCCGCCAUGACGUACUGGGCAGCUUUCACCGACUACCUAACGUUGCCGCACAUCUCCCACUUUGACUCAGUGCCGAGCUUGCUUAAGCAGCUGGCUGCGGCGGAUCACCAGAAGAUCAGCCACUCUAUGCAGAGGGCACAUAUGGAGCACCUCGGGGUGGCAAUGAGUUUCUGGUGUCAGGCCUUGGAACUCAUCGCCUCCCUGCGAGGGGUGCCGCGCACGGUGAGCGGUACUGAACAGGCGGCGAACCUUGAUGCCUCGGACGAGCACCGUGACCUCUCCACACGCCAGCCCAGUGGCCGGGGGGCUCCCCUGCUCGUGCAGACGGUGCUCACCGGCUGGCCAAUGACGGGGAGCAUAGGCUGCCUGGCUUGUGAGGAUCAUCCUCACGAGUAUCACUUCGACUUGGAUGGUGCGAACAAGGCGUCUCAUCAGGGCAAAUACGGUGCAGAUCCCAAUCUAUGGCGUUUGGCAGUGCGUACAGUCGGAAGCAGCAUGUGCCCGCAGAACGGGCACUGGGCUGUGCUCAGUUGGCGGUUCUCACUGGUGGGUGUCAAGGUUUGGUCUAGAGACUGCUGCACGGAGACCUAUGGUCAUGUGCUUUUUUUCCUGCUGGGCAACAGCACCGAGAUAGACAGAGCUGCUGAAUGUGCCUCCCUGAAGGUGCCAAGCAACGUGCAGGUUUCGACAGUCUGCCCGGGCAGAGGAGACUACCUUUUCGUUGAGGUGCCGUUCGCUGUCAGAUCACCGGUAACAUACUGA